UCUAUGAUACUCCAGCUAUGUUAUAUUCAAUUACACGUGUGAUAUACCUCUCGCUACAUUUAAUAAUCAUCAUUACAAGAGUCCACAUUCUUCGAAUAGUGUAGUUACAAAAAGCUCUACAGAGAUCUGUUCCACCUUCAUUCCCCUUUACCCACAGGCGAAAAUUCAUUAACUUAAUAUGGAAAGCUUCACGGUGCAACCAGCCUCGACACUGACUGUUGAUGUACCACCGCUACGGCCAGUAACUUGAGAAGGCUACUACAGGGUGACAAAUCAAGUUCGGUCCAGUUUGUGGAUUUAUACCUGAGCCAAAUUGAGAGACACAAUCAUCGAGACCUGAAAUUGAAUGCAAUGAUAAGCAUAGCACCCAAAUUAAUCCUACUCGACGUUGCCAAAUUUCUUGAUGAUGAGCGUAUCAGAGGAUCCCUCCAUGGCAUUCCAGUUACCGAAGCACAAGAUCCUGUAGGCACUGUUCCCUUGGGCUACUCUCAGACAAAUGGACGUCCAUUUAGACUUGCUGCUGUUGCUUCUGGCUAA